AUGCAUUCGUACGCCGUGAACAACAACAGCAACUUUGCCGCCAACAUGGCCGCCAGCAGCAACAACAGCAUCAACGAGAACCUGUACAACAACGAGAAGCUCGCCAAGUCGUCGGCCGUCUACAAGCUGAAGAAGAUCCUGAAGCCGCUGGUCACGCUGCUGAAGAGCAAGAAGGAGCUCUCCGGCAAGCAGUCGACCGCCGCCCAGAAGCGUCUGGCCCGCGAUCAGCGCAAGUCCGUCAUCAGCUACAUCGACGAGUACGACUGCGACUACGACAACUCGGCCAACGAGCGCCUGGAGGCUCAGCUGAUCGCCGAGCUGGAGGACUGCCGCGCCCAGAACGCCGCCAUCUUCGUGUACGAGGACCAGCAGCUCCAGCUUCAGCCCGUCCAGCCGGAGGAGCUGUACGUGCCGGUGCACUUCGCCCGCACCGAGGCCGGCACCUUCUUCUGGACGGCGAUGCCGGUCCGCGAGGUCGACGAAGACCUGAUCCAGCCGGCGCACUGCUACAGCGAGGAGCAGCACGCCCAGCAAGCCUACGCCGACCGUUGGGCUCAGGCCUAAGCCUUCAGCCCCCGAGCAAGCCCCGCUCCGCAACGCAGCAGCUCGCGCGCAGUUUUGGAGCCACAACAAAUCCAUGAUCUCUUCCAACACUCAACGUGCCUAGGCUUAGCAGUACGUAAGGACAACGAUGGUUCAGCUUUAAUAGGGUUAGGACACCGGUUAGAUAGGAGUGCAGGGAAAAGUGUCUGGGGCCGAGGUUGCGAUCCUACCCCGUGGGAUCCCAACUCUCCACUCCCAGUUUGGCCUUUUUUUCGGCUUCUAUUGUGAUAGU